UCAUCGAGCAGGUGCUCAUGAGAAGCCUGAAGACCAGCGGGGGUCUCACAAGAGGACGAGGGAUGACCGAGCAGCAACGCUUGACAUGGUUGUUGUCUAAGCCAGCUUGUGCUGACGUGAACUGUGCCAUGCAAGAGCUGACUGGGGUUAGCUACAACACAGGAGAGCAAAACAAAGAUAUAACCAAGGCUAGACAAGCUCGUGACUGGAAAGAUACCCACAAAAUUCUCAAGUAUCUUCGAGAUAUGAACCCCUUCACUUCCGAUACCAGUCUAAAAAGCAUCUCCACAGGAGUACAUGCACACAGCACCGUCAAUGUUGACAAAGCAAAAGAUGUUGGAAAUGCAAUUCUGAUUAGCAUGGAGGGGAAGACUGCUGCAGAAUAUAAUUUCAAGAGGAAAGACCAGGUCAUCACUCUAGACACGAAGAAUGCAGUCAAGGUUGAUGGCAUUGAAGUGCAGAUUGACACACAACUUCUUUUCCAGAGACUCACGAUAAUUGCUGCAAAGGCAACUGAAAAUUUAGAAGAUGUCUUCAGGUAUGAGCUAUGCAGUUAUCCACCAGCCCUCUUUGACUCAUCACUACUUCUUCGGGAGCCACAGAAGCCAGUGCUGGCAAAUGCCAUCUGGAAUCUAUUGGCACCAGACAUUUCUGAGAUAUCUGGAGAAGUCCAGUAUGUGCUGGAUGGCGGUGCGCUCAUUCACCGCAUCCCAUGGACGCGAGGGGCAACUUACCAAGAGAUAUGCUCAGUGUACACAAGGUAUGUCUCAAAAAAGUAUGGAGAAGCAGUUGUCGUGUUUGAUGGUUACAGUGGCAAAUCCACGAAAGACACAACGCAUGAAAGGCGAACAAAAGGGCAUGCUGGAGUAACUGUAGCAUUUACCAGCAAUAUGCAGCUUACAAUGUCGAAGGCUAAGUUUUUGGCCAACAAGACCAACAAGCAGCAGUUCAUCAAAAUGCUCGGAGAUCAACUAGAGAUGAAAAACUGCAAAGUGCAUCAUGCUCCAGGGAAUGCUGAUUUGCUAAUUGUACAAAAAUCAGUGGAGUCUGCUAUAAUGUCGACCACUAUCCUGGUUGGUGAUGACACAGACCUUCUUAUCCUGUUGUGCUAUCACUCAAGCUUGCACUCUCACAGAGUGUUUUCCGACCAGAGCCAAAGAAGAGCACAAAGAAACCGCGCGUGUGGAACAUCCAGGUUGUCAAGGACCAGCUAGGCCCUGAAAUAUGCACUCACAUGCUCUAUCUGCAUGCCAUCCUUGGAUGUGAUACAACCUCCCACCUGUAUGGCAUUGGAAAAGGAACUUCCCUUAAGAAGUUCAAAUCAAGUACACACUUUCAAGAGGGAGCAAGCAUUGGUUUGUUUAUACAAUGGAAAACCUGCAGAAAGACUUGAUUCGCUGCGUUAUACGCAUUUCUGCGAGAAGGUGGCUACUAAAACAUCUCAUAUUCAACCACAGACUCUGCCACCUACUUCAGCUGCAGCAAAGUACCACAGUCUCCGUGUAUACUUUCAGAUACAACAAUGGAAAGGUUCUGGUGUUGUACUUACGCCGGUAGAAUGGGGGUGGAGAGAGAGUGAAGAAGGACUUAAGCCAGUCCAGACUGACUUGCCUCCAGCUCCUGAUGAGCUCCUACGUAUCAUAAGGUGUAAUUGUCAGACUGAUUGCAGUACAUUAAGGUGUACAUGCAAGAAGCACAAUGUGAAAUGCUCCCCUGCCUGUGGCAACUGCAGAGGAUCUGACUGUAUAAACUCAGACUGGCUGACAUAUGAAGAAGGUGUUGAUGUUGAUGAUCAUAAUGAUGAUGAUGAAGAAGAAGACAAUAACAAUGAUUGAAUACAUAAUAAUUAUUGACUAUAGUAACUAUUACAUCUCAUAAAUCUUCUAUCUACUUAUUAUACUAUAGCCUUUACAAUUAAGUAGUUGAAAAAACACGAAAAGUUUAAACUAAUUUACAAUCCUACUAAAACAUUGGUAUAUAUACAAUAAAAGAUGGUGUAGAAUCGGCAAUGAGUAUGUUAGCAGAUGACCACUUUUUUGACACUUUCCCCUGCAGAUAUUCCUUAAGACUUUUAGUAUGUUAUAGAGGACACUUUUCUGUAUACAAAACACUUGAAAAAGUUUGUAUUGCAAUUAGUUUAAGGUUGACUCA